AUGUCUUUCGAUAGAGUCGCUGUUUUCCCUGCCUCUGGCGGUAUCGGUGGCAGCACCGUCAAGCAUCUCCUACCUCGAUUGCCGUCCAAAAAUCUGACCUUCAUCGCUCGUCACCCCGAGAAAUUGAGUGACGCUUCUUCUGCCGGUGCGAAAGUGCGGCGGGCAGACUACGACGAUGAUGACAGCCUUUCACAUGCCUUCGAUGAUGUGGAUACUCUGUUCUUAAUCUCAUAUGCUUCGGUUGAGCAUGAACACCGAUCUGAGCGUCAUCGGGUUGCCAUUGACUUCGCAAUUCGUAGCGGAGUAAAGCAUAUCUUCUAUGGCUCUUUGGGGUAUGGUGGCAGGCCCGAGAACAAAGUCUCCGUGGCCCAUGUUAUGCAAGCUCACCUGGACACGGAGAAAUACCUAGAGCAUUUGUCCCAGACGAAGAAGGACUUUGGAUACACGGUAGUUCGCGAAGGCCUGUACUCCGAAUCGUAUCCACUUUACACGGCAUUCUUUGACCCGCGGAACCCUGUUUCUGAGAUCAAGAUCCCACACGACGGAUCUGGGCCCGGCAUUGCCUGGGUUAAGCGUGAGGAGCUGGGUGAAGGCACAGCUGAGCUUCUGAAAAGAUUUGUCCAGGAUCCGAAGAGCUUCCCGUAUCUUCAAAAGGCCGUCUUGCUCUCUGGAAGUCGUGUGGUGUCUCUGAAGGAGACGGUGGACAUUUUGAGCAAAGUGGCCAAUGUACCCGUCAAGAUCCACCAGGUCUCCGAAGAUGAAUUUGCCGCGCAGCCUCAGGUCAAGCCAAACUUCAUCUAUCACGGAGUGGAUCACUCCAAGGUGUGGACGACAACCUUUGAAGCCUUCCGGCGAGGCGAGGCAGCUUAUGUAUCGCCCCUCCUUGGAGAGCUCUUGGGGCGUGACCCGGAAGACUUCCAGACGACAGUGGCCAGCUCAUAG